CCCAUUAGAUGACGUAAGCCCACACGUACAACCGCGUAAAACGUGUUAGGGUUUCUUAGAAUUAGCUGCCGCCUACAGCAUUCGCACCCUAUAAAUAGCGCGUUAGGGCUUCGCUUGUCGUCGUUGAUAGAGAAGAAAGAUCCGCCAUGGGGAGAAGACCUGCGAGAUGUUAUCGUCAAAUCAAGAACAAGCCGUAUCCGAAAUCACGGUAUUGUCGAGGUGUGCCUGAUCCUAAGAUCAGGAUUUAUGAUGUGGGGAUGAAGAAGAAAGGGGUUGAUGAAUUCCCCUUCUGCGUACAUUUGGUUUCAUGGGAAAAGGAAAAUGUUUCCAGUGAAGCUCUUGAGGCUGCACGAAUUGCAUGCAACAAGUACAUGGCCAAGUACGCUGGCAAGGAUGCUUUCCAUUUGCGUGUGCGUGUUCAUCCUUUCCAUGUCUUGCGUAUCAACAAGAUGCUUUCGUGUGCCGGAGCUGAUAGGCUUCAGACUGGAAUGAGAGGUGCUUUUGGGAAACCACAAGGUACUUGUGCUAGAGUUAGCAUUGGGCAGGUUCUUCUGUCUGUUCGUUGCAAGGACAGCAACAGCGCUCAUGCACAGGAGGCUCUUCGCCGUGCCAAGUUCAAAUUCCCUGGUCGUCAGAAGAUUAUUGUUAGCAGGAAGUGGGGAUUUACCAAGUUCAGCCGCAAUGAUUAUGUCAAAUUGAAAGCAGAGAAUCGUAUUCUUCCUGAUGGUGUCAAUGCCAAGCUUCUUGGAUGCCAUGGUCCUUUGGCCAACCGUCAACCUGGAAGAGCAUUUCUAGAAGCAGCUUAGAAUAUUUGUUUCUAGAAAUGAGUUUCUUGUUUCUAAAUCUGAGAUUUGACUGCUGUUAUACUGUAUUUGAAGUUGUCUAAGUUUGUGUUUGGUAUCAGAUCGGAUUUAGUUUGCCUUUUGAGGAUUUCGUACUUGUGCAAUUUCUUAAUAUUGGCAUAGAUUACCAAUUUGCAAUGAUAUUUUUGUGGAUUUAUUUCGUUUAA